AUGUGGUACUUUUUCGUGCCGAGGGACAGAAAACAUGGCAGCGGAGGAAGACCGAACCGUACUACUGAAAACGGGUUCUGGAAGGCAACCGGGUCGGACCGUCAAAUACAUACAACAUCGGAUCCCAAAAAGGUGUUAGGUCUGAAGAAAACACUUGUUUUCUAUGAGGGCAGAGCACCACGUGGAACAAAGACUGAUUGGGUCAUGAACGAGUUUCGCUUGCCCGACAAAUGCUCCCCUCCCAAGGACAUAGUGUUGUGUAAGAUAUAUAGAAAGGCAACCUCUUUGAAGGUGUUGGAGUAUAGGGCUGCAGUUGAAGAAGAUGACGAAACUAAGUCGGACACUAAUUGUUCAUCGUUAUCUCCUUCACCAAUGGAUUGCAUGCUCUCCUUUUGCAACCAAUUUGAGGAAAUAAACAACAUUCAAGUACUAAAGAAAGAAAAUGAGGAAAUCUUAUUGCAUGUGAAGGAGAGUAGUAAAGUGAAGGGUUGCUCUAGCAUCGUUUUGCCCAACGGAAGCGAUAAUAUAGCAGAGCUACAAGUUCCUAAAUUCAACACGGACUGGACUCAAGACUCUUUCUGGACACAAUUCAGCCCCUGGCUUGACAAUUUCGCUCCUUUCUUGCCAAUGUGCUGAUAUUAUUUAUUAAUUUCCCAACACAUGUAUGUAUAUAGCCAUGCUUAUUAAUUAAUGCUAUAAUAGGGCCUUCU